AUGCAGACCAACCAUGGUGCACAUACCAACCAGGGUGCACAUACCAACCAGGGUGCACAUACCAACCAUGGUGCACAUACCAACCAUGGUGCACAUAUCAACCAUGGUGCACAUACCAACCAUGGUGCACAUACCAACCAUGGUGCACAUAUCAACCAUGGUGCAUAUAUCAACCAUGGUGCACAUACCAACCAUGGUGCACAUACAAACCAUGGUGCACAUACCGUACACAUACCAACCAUGCUGCACAUAUCAACCAUGGUGCACAUACCAACCAUGGUGCACAUACCAACCAUGGUGCACAUACAAACCAUGGUGCACAUACCGUACACAUACCAACCAUGCUGCACAUAUCAACCAUGGUGCACAUACCAUGGUGCUCAUACCAACCAUGGCGCACAUACCAACCAUGGUACACAUACCAACCAUGGUACACAUACCAACCAUGGUGCACAUAUCAACCAUGGUGCACAUACCAACCAUGGUGCACAUAGGCUUGGUACAACACGUUCAAAACGAACAUAA